UAUACCUAGAUAUAGAAAUAUCGUUCAGCAACAAUUUACCUUAGCAAUUUGGAUAACCAUUCAUCAACCAUAUAGAUUAUGAACAAAGAAAUCGAUUAUAUUUCUGACAUAAAUGAAAAAUACGCUGCCAUGGAGUAUGAAUUGGACGAAAAACUUAAAUCACUCCAUCAUAAGGAGCUUGUACUUAGCCAAACUUACGAUCAACAGACACCUGACAAAACCAAGAUGAAAUCAGAUAUUACACUGGAAGCUGCUCAGCUGCGAAACUUCGAACUGCUCAAAUCCCUCGAAGUAUCGAAAGCGCGCCUACGCUCGCGUGCCACCUUCAGUCCACUGGAGACCAUCUUACAGAAAGCCAUCGAGAACUAUCUGAAGGAAUCGUCACUAGUUCCGUGCACUACCCGAAAAGCUUACGGUCCGACUUACGUGUGAUAACGAUUAAUAAAACAAAAGUAUUCA